GCCGGUGCCCUGCAACCUGCUGCUCAGCCACCCGCGGUCCGAGCCCCAGCCGGAUGCUGAUGGAAGCGCCGCGAUGUUCGCGCCUAGGCUGCUGGAUUUCCAGAAGACCAAAUACGCCAGGUUCAUGAACCACCGAGUUCCUGCCCACAAGAGGUACCAGCCAACAGAGUAUGAACACGCGGCCAACUGUGCCACCCAUGCUUUCUGGAUCAUUCCCAGCAUCCUUGGCAGCUCCAACCUCUACUUCCUGUCAGACGAUGAUUGGGAGACCAUUUCUGCCUGGAUCUACGGUCUUGGUCUCUGCAGCCUCUUCGUGGUGUCCACCGUGUUCCACACUAUCUCCUGGAAGAAGAGCCACCUCAGGAUGGUGGAGCACUGUCUGCACAUGUUCGACCGGAUGGUCAUCUACUUCUUCAUAGCGGCCUCCUACGCACCCUGGCUGAACCUCCGGGAGCUGGGCCCCUGGGCCUCACACAUGCGUUGGCUGGUCUGGAUCAUGGCCUGUGUUGGCACCAUCUAUGUCUUCUUCUUCCACGAGCGGUACAAACUUGUGGAGCUGCUCUGCUAUGUGGUGAUGGGUUUCUUCCCUGCCCUGGUCAUCCUUUCAAUGCCCAACACUGAGGGGAUCUGGGAGCUGAUGACCGGAGGGGUCUUCUACUGCUUGGGCAUGGUGUUCUUCAAGAGUGACGGCAGGAUCCCCUUUGCUCACGCCAUCUGGCAUCUCUUUGUGGCUUUUGGUGCUGGUACCCACUACUAUGCCAUCUGGAAGUACCUCUAUCUACCCAGCACCCUGCAGACCAAGGUGUCCAAAUGAAGUCGCCCAGUUGUGAUGGGUCAUUUGGACUUUUGGAGCAGAGCAUCAAGGGAAGUGUUUCUCGAACUUUACCCCAACGCAUGGUGCUGAGGACUGUCUGCCUUUUCAUUGGUAGAGUUUUUGAUGGGUCUGAAGUUACUUCUGGUGACAGAAGGACUAUCCCUUGAAUCCCCAGGGAGAAAGAAAGCAUUUAGUCAUUUUUACAGAGGAGAGAUUAACCCUGUAAUGUGUUUCCAAUUUUAGAGAAGUGUUUCCUAAUACAACCGACAUUAACAUCUUCAGGAAGGAAGCAGACGUUGUCCUGGCAAACUGGGGAAUGACAGGCCAAUAAGUGCUUCUUAAGGUCCUGAGGAAUCAGGCAAGUAGUCUGGUGGCUUGUUGGUACCCAGCUAGCCAGAGCCCCCGUCUUUGCUACCAAAGUCCUGGCUGGGAAUUGCCCCCUAUUCAGGGAAAGUCACCCAGUGUGUAGAUGGGUG